AUGUCUACUCCGAUCAGUCCGAAAGACUUUUUGUCAAGAACGAGUUCUUCUAGAGGUAUACAAAGAUUUCGGACAGCUCAAUGGAACUAUGUAGCAACUGUUCGCAAAGCCACCGCAGUAACUCACUCAUGCGUGGGCAAAGGCUCUCUUGUAGAGAUCUAUCUCAUAACCGAAAAUGAAUUAAAGCCUGCAUCUGCGAAUUACCUUUUUAUUGCCACAGAUUUAUACAAAUUCUGUGUGCAUCGCUGGGAUGUUGUCUCUUCAAAACUGAUUACAAUAUAUACAAUGCGAUACCCAUUAUGCCCUCAUUUAGCCGAGAGACAAUGGAACUAUUGUCAGGGGGGAACCAUCUGUCGCCGUCCUAGCAACUACUACACAGUUGCUUUGUAUUCUAGUCAAGUACGGAUAACAAUUAUUCGAACUCUUGAUUUUCAAGAGUUUGAAUUAGUUCCGGGGAGUGUCGUGAAUACAAUUAUUUUGGAUAUGAAGUUCUUGUAUGGACAUCGUCCUCCCACGGUGGUAGUACUUGGCAAGAAAUUAGUUGGAGGUCGUUUCCGUUUCGGUGUUAAAGUGCUUGAGUAUUCGGAUAAUGAUUUUCAUGUGAGAGCCUGGGAGCAUCUACCUGGCUACAUAGUCGAAUCUACACUUUUGAUACCUGUACAAAAGGAUCCAUAUGGAUUUCUUAUCAUGGCUAGAGAAGCUUUUAGCUACGUCCAAGAAACAGGACUCAAAACUAAGCACAUGGGAUCUUUCAAUAUAAAAGCAUAUGGAAGGUUUGGUACAGAUACUAAAAAGCAUAGCUAUCUUCUCGGGGAUCAUGAUGGGCGUCUUCUCCUGAUAGAGUAA